AUGAACCAGCCUUCCAGGAUGGCACCUGUGGGGACAGACAAGGAGCUCAGUGACCUCCUGGACUUCAGCAUGAUGUUCCCGCUGCCCGUGGCCAACGGGAAGGGCCGGCCUGCCUCCCUCGCUGGCCCCCAGUAUGCAAGCUCAGGCCUUGAGGAACGGCCCGGCUCGGGCUCCUGGGCUGCUGGUGAUCACAACAGUUCCUCCUUCGACCCCAGCCGGACCUACGGCGACGGUGCCCACUUCAGCGAGACCCAUAGCAACCUCUCUUCGUCCACAUUCCUGGGUCCCAGCCUUGGAGGUAAAGGCAGUGAGCGGGUCACCUACGCCGCCUUCGGGAGAGAUGCUGGUGUUGGUGGCUUGAGUCAGGCCACCUUCCUGCCGGGCGAGCUGGCCCUCAGCAGCCCCGGGCCACUGUCCCCCUCAGGUGUCAAAGGCAGUGCCCAGUUCUACCCCUCAUACCCUGGCAACCCCCGGCGGAGGCCUGCGGACGGCGGCAGCCUGGAUGCGCAGCCCAAGAAGGUCCGGAAGGUCCCUCCAGGGCUCCCGUCCUCGGUGUACCCCACAAGCUCAGGUGAAGACUACGGCAGAGACAGCACCGCCUACCCAGCUGCCAAGACCCCUGGCAGCACCUACCCUGCCCCCUUCUAUGUGGCUGAUGGCAGCCUGCACCCCUCACCCGAGCUCUGGGGUCCCCCAGGCCAAGCGGGCUUCGGGCCCAUGCUCGGAGGGGGCUCAUCCCCACUGCCCCUCGCACCGGGGGGCAGCGGCUCCUCAGGCGGUGGUGCCUUUGGUGGUCUACACCAGCAUGAGCGCAUGGGCUACCCGCUGCACGGCGCUGAGGUCAAUGGUGGGCUGCCAGCUGUGUCCAGCUUCUCCUCAGCCCCUGGAGCCUCGUACAGCAGCGUCCCCAGCCACACACCCCCUGUCAGCGGGGCCGACAGCCUCCUGGGCUCACGAGGGACCGCGGCUGGCAGCUCCGGGGAUGCACUCGGCAAGGCGCUGGCCUCGAUUUACUCCCCGGAUCACUCAAGUAACAACUUCUCCUCCAGCCCUUCCACCCCCGUGGGCUCCCCGCAGGGCUUGGCAGGAAGCUCUCAGUGGCCCCGAACAGGGGCCUCCGGUGCCUUAUCACCCAGCUAUGAAGGGGGUCUCCACGGCCUGCAAAGCAAGCUGGAGGACCACUUGGACGAGGCCAUCCACGUGCUGCGAAGCUACGCCGUGGGCACGGCCAGUGACCUCCACGGGAUGCUGUCCGGCCCUGGCGCACUGGCCUCCAGCUUCACCGCUCCCGUCUUGCCCAUGGGCAGCCGGCAUAGCAGCCUGGUUGGAGGCAGCCACGGGGACGAUGGCCUCUCGGGCAGCGCCAGCUUGCUGCACAACCACGUGGCUCUCCCCAGUCAGCCCAGCACCCUCCCUGACCUCUCGAGGCCACCCGACUCCUACAGUGGCGGGGAGAUAAAACGGGAGGAGAAAGAGGACGAAGAGGAUGCCUCGGUGGCCGAUAAGUCUGAGGAGGAGAAGAAGGAGCUGAAGCCCCCCCGGACCCGGACCAGCAGUGUGGACGAGGUGCUGUCCCUGGAGGAGAAAGACCUGAGGGACCGGGAGAGGCGCAUGGCCAAUAACGCGAGGGAGCGGGUGCGCGUGCGGGACAUUAACGAGGCCUUCCGGGAGCUGGGCCGCAUGUGCCAGCUGCACCUCAAGUCGGACAAGGCGCAGACCAAGCUGCUGAUCCUGCAGCAGGCCGUGCAGGUCAUCCUGGGCCUGGAGCAGCAGGUGCGAGAACGCAACCUGAACCCCAAAGCAGCCUGCCUGAAACGCCGCGAGGAGGAGAAAGUGUCUGGUGUGGUCGGGGAGCCUCAGAUGGUGCUGUCGGCUGCCCACCCGGGCCUGAGUGAGGCCCACAACCCCGCUGGGCACAUGUGAGGUAUGGUGGG